CGCUUUUAACUGGCCAAAACAAAUUUGGUAGCUGAAUGGGUUUACUGUCUUAGUAUGACACGCGAGUGUUGAACAUUACACGUUUUCGCUACAUAGAUCAUGAAAAUCAUAGUCUCUAAGGGAUGACACCAGUAAAAGUGUCAGGAUGGCGGCUGAGACUGUUCAUGAUACCAAUCAAGACCUGAGUGAACCAACCAAACUUGCAAUGACGCUUGAUGAGAGUAGGGGUGUCUGGAUCGUAUGUCCUCCUGAAGGAGCAUUCGGAGAUGUCCAGUGUAAUGUACCCUGUCCCAUAGAGAACUGUGGUCAGAUCCUACCUACUACCAGCUGUCUGCGUAUGCACAUCCGGAAAACACAUGGGAUUGAACAGAAAAGCAGUUCCACAAAAAAUGGAGGCAAGAAUGCUGACUUUCCUACAGAGUAUCACUGCCCAAUGACUUCAUGCCCGUAUAACAUUUCCUCACCAAGACACUUUUCCUCCAUGAAGCUGCUCAGACAGCACUUCAAUAAGGUCCAUGCCGAGAAAAAAUACAAGUGUGGCAAAUGUGAUGCUGCGUUUGGCUUGAACAGAGAUAAAGAGCGCCAUGAGGUCAGAUGUGGCAUCGUCUACAAGUGUGGGACCUGUCAAUGUCCUUACACCACACGUGAAGCGAUGCUCACACACUGUCAACGGAAGUCACAUGACAUACCAGCUGAGAUUAUCAAGGCAAGAGAGGACCACUUAGCAGCACAAAAAGCAAAGAAGUUAAAAAAACGACAGUUGGAGAAUCAACUGCCAAAUAUGAAUCCUUUCGGAGGACAACCGCCUCCUAAAGUCAUCCUGGUCAACAUCCAACCGGCACCAGGUCUCCCAACCAAACCUUCAGCACUUGGCAAAGUUACACACCACAAACCCAUUCUGUGUAAGCCCACUCCAAACAUUAACCUGAUCCCAUUAACAACUGUCACUGUGACUCUUGACAAUGUCAAGGUAAACCAGGAGAAAGUAAAGGAAAAACAUAAUGUUGACAUUCAGAACAUUUCACAAGGCAGUAUAGAUAAUUCUGGUGAUGGGCAGAGUAAUGAGAAUAGUGAUGCAAACAGUAGUCAGACCCAGAUAGCCAACACACAGACUCAAGCUCUGGUAAUGGAGACUGGCAUGCAGACCAAUGUUACAAUUCCGCACCGGAAGACAAUGGAUAAUCAGCGCAAUGCUGCACAGACACAGACAACAGGUGAUCUCAUAUUACAGGCUGCAAUGGCAACUGCAAAUAUUCCAAUUCAUAAGUUGUCUGUUGGGACACAGAUGACCCCAAGGUCAAAGGUCAGGGCUCUUCAAAAAGGCAGUGUAUGUUCCAUUGAAACACAGACAGUGAACGAUCAGGCAACUGCAAGAAAACGGCGACGGCGUAAAGGACCAAUCCUAGGGGCACCUUUGAGAAUAGACUCAACUUCCCAGACAUCAGCAGGCAGGCCCUUUACCUUUGUUACCAUGACAAAUGACUCAACAUGUCAGGUCGAGAGUGUCGGCAUGAUGAGCACGUGUGUACAGACAAACAGAAUGGUAGAUAAUAUAUGUCAGACUCUGGCAACGCCCCUACAAGAUGUCUGCCAUGAGGAUUUAUUGCAGUACUCAUCAGCUGCACAACAAAUCAAAAUGGGUAAAAACAAAAAUGCUUCAAAGAACAGAAAUCAGUUUAUAUCUUCCAAAUCAGUGGCAUCUAUGAUCACAGAUGUUGGAACGAGUGAUUCAAGUAGACAUCAUGCCAAUCAGGCUUAUUCCAAACGACCGAGAGCUACAGGUAACCAACAAAGGAAAACAGCCUCUACAGGGACAAAUUGUUUGGCCAUGACAGUACCACAUCAACAUUGUAGUGAUAUGACUGCUACUUCAGAAGUAAGUCCGAGAAUCCCAUUGAAUACAGGCAGUAUUAUGAGCCAGGGUACUUCCACAGAUCUGGACCUAGGAGAUGAGUUCCAGAACUUUCUAAUUUCAACAUGUAGAGAUAUAUCGGUUGGAACAGAUGUUGAUGAGAUGCAAUCUUCCACUGAUAGUGACCUAGUUUAUACAAAACGCUUGCCUUCAUCAACUUUCAGUGACUUUGUAGAGGCUUCAACCCAAGUUAUGGAUACCAUCAAUAAAACAUCAGUUUCAACAGAAUUUAACAUUACAUCAACAAAUGUGUUUUGUGGACAGAGUGAAAAGGGUCAGGAUGUCGGUUCAAUGACCUCUGACCUUCAGCAGAACAUCAGUGAUUUUGUCUCUCUGACCGACUCACAAGUGCAGACUCUGACCUCAGCAUCAGAUCUGGACUCGCUGUUACGGUCAACUCAGACCAAUACUGAGGCUCCCGAAACACUCAUGGACAUGCACACCCAGACCAUCAAUGACUUUGAUGUGUUUGACUUGUUGAUGAACAAUAUGGAGACCCAAACUACUGAUGACCUUGACUUGGACAAUUUCAGCUUCACUGACAUACAGACGCAGACCAUGUUUGAUCUCCAACCAGUAGAAGAUCCGCUGUUGAUAGUUGGGGAAGACACACAGUCCUCAGCCACACAAACCACUACGGGUACACCAAACCAAAGCGAGGCUACCCAAACCCCCCAACUGGGCUCUGCAUGUCUCACUGACACACAGACACAAACUCCACUCCCAGGUCUCUUCUCCUUGACCAAUACUCACACACAGACUACCCUGGAUGAUCUGGCUAACAUCUUUGCCCAGUUUGAUUAAAUGAGGCUAGAAUCUUUUUAUAUAUCAUAAAUUUUGCUAUUGGCUUUUGAUUUUGAUUUUGAGUACAUGUAUUUUGAGUUAUUGUUAUAUAUAUAUAUAUAUUUAUAACCAGGAAAGCUCAUCAAAUACAUGUACACAUUUGAAAAUAUGAAUUUUACAUUUUACUUCUGUUCUUCCCCAAAAAUAUACAUUAGAAUAAUACUUGCCAGAUAGUUAUGGUAUAUGCAUACCCUAAAUAUGUGAACAGUGGUUUGAACUAGAAGUCUAAUUUUACAAUGAUCAUUAUGAUGUGCCAUAUUUCAAGUUUACAAUCUUACAGAGGUUGUUUCUGUAUCAGUUAAAUAGAAUCUCCUAAUUGACAGAAGUAAUUCCAUUCCUAUGUAACAAGUGGCUAUACAUAAGCAGUAUAUAAGUGAACUGAAAACGUUUUUACUUUAAUGUAGCUGAUACAAGUAUUGAGUUCAAAUUAAGUAUUACUUGUACCUUGCAUGCAGCUUAAAAGUUUUCCAAAACUAGAGCUUGCAAAACUCGCCAACAUUUCAGAGUUAUGUCCCUUUGUAUCCAUACUUUUUUUAGGUAACCUGAGACAAAGUCUCAAGUGACCUAUUCUAAUCGCCUUUUGUCCUUUGUCGUCCAUCGUCCGUCAGUAAACAAUUUACAUU